AUGGAUCUUUUGAAAGGAGGCACUGCCGUGAUAAUUGGCGCCGCUUCAGGCAUAGGACAAGCCGCUGCCAUAGCGUUUGCUCGCGACGGCUGCAAAAAGGUGAUGAUUGGCGACAUCAAUGUUGAUGGCCUGGCGGAAAGGAAAAGGCUAAUACAGGAGCAAUAUCCGGAUACCGUGGUUGAGACUGCGGCUAUUGAUGUCGUGGACGAGUCAUCUGUGGAGGCCUUUCACCAGGAGGCAGCCUCGCGAUUCGGGCGUAUUGACUUUGCGGCCAAUAGUGCUGGUUACGGAGAUGGUAUCGUUGCAUGUCGGGCGCAAACUAUGAAUACCCUCAUCGGCGCCAAUGUCAUGUUAGGGUUGUCCGCCGGCGUUCACACCUGCUACGCCCUCAUCAUCGGCGAGAUAUGCUCUCACAAGCAUAAAUUCAUAGGAGUCGUAUUAGUACUUGUUCCAAAUGUGGUUGCCACUGGGUUUGGGGCUUACAUUGCUCUUGAUCUUGCUCAUAAUGCAAGCUGGAGAUGGGUAUAUUACAUAUUCAUCAUGAUGAUGAGCGCGUCUAUCGCUCUGCAGUAUGUGUUCUACAGACCUCCAAAUUUUCGUCAGCUUCACGGAGAUGAUCGGACCCGCUGGGAAGAAGUCAAACGCAUUGAUUGGGUGGGCUUGUUCUUCCUUGUCGCAGGUCUCGUUCUCUUCCUGCUUGGAAUAUCAUGGGGCGGUCAACCUUUGCCCUGGUCGUCGACCAGAGUCCUGGGUCUUGUCAUCUCCGGUGGGAUCACGCUUAUCGUGUUUGGAUUAUGGGAAGGCUUCUCCAACACAACCAAUCCUCUGGUACCCAUGCACUUCUUCAAAGAUCUUCGCGGCUUUGUCGUGCUGUGUUUGAUCAGCAGCGUGUGUGGCACUGUGUAUCUUGCGACAGCUAUUAUCUGGCCGUCCCAAGUGGCGGUAAUAUACUCGGGCACAAUCACAAGCUGGCAGCACAUUGCCUGGGCCUCGUUGACAAAUGCAAACUACCAUUGCGUUCGGUGUUUGGUUGGCAUGAUAUUCAUUGGGCCGUUUGUUGGCAUCAUCAAACACGUCAGGAUUCAGUUCAUUGUCCUGAUGUCUAUCUGCGUGGCUUUCCUUGGAGGUCUCGUAUCGUGCAAUCCUCACAACUUUGGCCAGUCUGCUGCCUUCUUCUUCCUGGCUGCGAUGCCGUUGGGGAUUAUGGAAAUGACGGCUCGUCUUUUAGUCCAGAUGGACUCCAAUGACGCCGACCUGGGCACAGUCUUCUCGAUUGUUUUCUUGAUUAAAUCAGCAUCCGGGUCAAUCUUCACAUCUGUUUUCAUAGCCAUCUUGAACAACAAACUCCCGGCUGAAUUGAAAAAGUAUGUGAUACCCGCAGCGCUUCAAGCCGGCCUACCUCAGAGCUCCCUCACAGCACUGGCGGGGGCCGUCACUUCGGGAAACUCUACUUUACUUACUCAUGUGCCCGGUAUGGACACAGCAAUUGAAGCUGCGGUCGGAUCCGGGUUGGCUACCGCUUAUGCAGCUGCGUAUGCAUACGUCUAUUACGCAGCAGUUGCUCUGCCUAAAAACUACGAUCCGCUCUUCAACGACCACAUAUCAAGAAAGAUCUAUAAAUCUGGCCAGAAUGACGCACCUACCCAAUGA